AUGGCACCCACGACACGGACGAGGACGCCAAAGGUCGUGCCCGUAGUCGACCCCGCAUCGGCACCUGUCAAGGCCGCUCCCAAGGCGAAAGCAGCGAAAGCAAGCAAGGCAGCCCCGGCAGCCAAGAAAUCGGCGAGCCCAACGGCGGCCAAGGGCAAAGCUGCGGCCGUUGGCAAGGCGACACCUGCUUCCAAGGCUGCUCCGAAGACGGCUGCCAAGGGUAAAGCGCCUGCCAAAGCGGCACCCAAGGCGGCCAAAGCAGCGACCAAGGCCGCGACAACAGCAAAGUCUACCAAGGCAGCCCCCAAGGGCAAGGUGUCAAAGAAGGCCGUCGUCGCCGCCUCGGCCGACCCAGUUGUGCUCGACCACAGCUCGUACCCUCACAUCUUUGAGCUCAUUGUCAACUCGGCCGGGCAUGGCGGUCUCCUGGCCCUGCGCGCCGCCAACAAGACGCUGCGUGAGCGGUGCGACAACCUGCUCGCGCACCACCUCAUCCUCGCGCCUGGCCUGUCGCCGCCCAAGGGCGCCAAAUGGGCCAAGAUGGCUGGUUUCUUGCCCCGCGGCCCGGCCAAGGCGCGCAUGAAGCAGUACCGGGUCAUGCCGAUCUCGCACGACGGCGGCCGCCUGCCCGGCUGGGUGUGCGACUACAACCACGUCACGGACAACCGCGAGGACACGUGCGGCGACGACUGCACGGCGCUGCGGUCCCGGUGGGAGACGGCGUUUUUGCACACGCGCGUGGUGGAUAUCCACCCGUGGCACGGCUCAGACUGGCGCAUGGUGCGCGCGCGCGACACAAUGAAGAAUGUAGAGGUCGCGCGCUUCUACCCGAACGGGAGCAGCAAGUGUAUCGUCCAGCCGCGCAAGAUGGUCGUGUUUACAAACUUUGGCGUCGACUUUGAGGGCCGCAAGCCUUCCGACUGGGACAAGACGACGUACGCCGAGACGGUCUACCUCGACUCGCAGGUCCGCCACCUGGUCGUGCGCGCCACAUACGACUGCUCGCGGCCGACGCUGCCCGUGUGCUGGGUCUCGCUGCCGAGCCGAACCAUCGAGUGGGUCGACACCACCGUGCUCAUCUUCGCGCCUGAACCGGGAACGACAUCGUACUCGAACCCCAUCUGGAUCGAGAAGAACGACGUGCGCGCCAACGGCUGGCUGUGGACCGUGUGCAGCCACCUGCGCGUCGGCUCGACUUCGGCCCACACGCUCGUGGGCGUCAGCGAGGCGCCGCAAGAGUGUUUCGGCAUCAUGGACGGCAUCGCCCGCGAGCCGCAGCAGCUGUACGACCUCAUCAUGGACAAUAUCCUCCAGGAAAUCAGGGACGAUCUCCGCGGCGAGCUCGACGACGACCGCGCAGCGGAGAUUCGCGGACAGGUCACGUUCAUGACCACCGACGAGUACCGCAAGCAUGUCGGCGAGGAGCAGUUUGCCAUCGACACGGUGCCCACCCCGCGCCACGAAUAG